AUGUCGACGCCGGCGGUAAAGGAGCCACUUCUGGGGAACGGAAACACGAAUUCCGACGAGAGUAAAGCGACAUUGCUCCACCAAUCGUGUUCGUUCCGGCAGUUCCCCGAGCCGGGAUGGAUUUUCGACGAAUUGCCCAAAGCUUCAAUCGUUUCGUUCAAAUGGGUAUUGGUGAAGAAAGCUUCUCAAGUUCUCUACUUACACUUUGCCUUGAAGAAACGUGCACUCAUUCAAGAACUCCACGAGAAGCAAGAACAGGUAAAGGAAUGGCUGCAUUACUUAGGAAUGGUUGAUCAAGUAGCAGUGACACAAGAUGCUGAAGAGCCUGAUGAUGGAGCAGUUCCAUUGCACCACCAAGAAGAUAGUGUUAGAAGCAGAAGCGUGCCAUCAGCAGCUGCAUUGUCAAUCAUUCGUCCGACGCUAGGAGGGCAGCAGGCGAUUGCUGAUAGAGGAAAGGUGGCAAUGCAGAAUUACUUGAACCAUUUCCUUGGUAGUAUGGAUAUAGUCAACUCCAGAGAGGCCUGCAAAUUUCUCGAGGUCUCCAAGAUGUCGUUCUCAAGGGAGUAUGGUCCAAAGUUGAAAGAAGGGUACGUGAUGGUGAAGCAUGUGCCAAAGAUAUCUUCAAGGGACGAAAAUUCCACUGCAAAUUGCUGCCCAUGCCAUUGGUUUUCUUGUUGUUGUAACAACAACUGGCAGAAGGUUUGGGCAGUUUUGAAACCUGGCUUCUUAGCCUUUCUGCAAGACCCUUUAGAUGAUACAAAGCUAUUAGACAUUGUUGUUUUUGAUAUUCUAUCAACACCAGACAAAGGUGAACCACGAGCAUUAGCAAGCCAGAUCAAGCAGCAUAAUCCUUUGCGCUAUGCCUUUGAGGUUUCAUCUGGUAAUCGGAGCAUAAGAGUGAGAGCUACAAGCAGUGGAAAAGUGAAAGGAUGGGUUGCUGCUAUAAACGAUUCCUCUUGGUGCCAUCCUCAUCGAUUCGGUUCCUUUGCUCCUCCAAGGGGUUUGACUAACGACGGAAGUGAGGCUCAGUGGUUUGUAGAUGGGGAGGCAGCAUUUGAUGCAAUUGCCUCGGCGAUAGAGGAUGCAAAAUCUGAGAUAUUCAUUACUGGCUGGUGGCUUUGCCCUGAGCUAUAUCUAAGACGCCCUUUCGAGAGUCAUUCUACUUCUCGGCUCGAUUCUUUACUUGAAGCUAAAGCAAAGCAAGGUGUCCAGAUUUAUAUUCUUCUAUACAAGGAGGUGUCCAUUGCUUUGAAAAUCAACAGCUCUUAUAGCAAGAGAAGGCUUCUCGACAUACAUGAUAAUGUCAAAGUACUGCGAUACCCUGACCAUCUCGCCACUGGUGUCUAUCUAUGGUCUCACCAUGAAAAACUUGUAAUUGUGGAUUACCACAUCUCCUUUAUUGGAGGAUUAGAUUUAUGCUUUGGCCGUUAUGACACGAUUGAACAUAGAAUUGGCGAUCAUCCUGCUCACAUUUGGCCAGGGAAGGACUACUACAAUCCUAGAGAGAUUGAACCCAACUGUUGGGAGGACAUGAUGAAAGAUGUGUUGGAUCGAAGUAGAUAUCCACGAAUGCCAUGGCACGAUGUCCACUGUGCGAUGUGGGGUCCACCUUGUCGGGACAUUGCCAGGCACUUCAUCCAACGAUGGAACCAUGCCAAGAGAAGCAAAGCUCUCCACGAGCAAACAAUCCCUCUGCUGAUGCCUCACCACCAUAUGGUCCUCCCUCAUUACUUGGGGAGGAGCGUCGAGAUAGACAUUGAGCAAAAUCAUAUGGAAGACGAGCAAAAACGAAUGAACAGAUUGGAUUCCAUCUCGUCGUUAUCCCCAUUCGAAGACGUGCCAUUGCUUUUGCCUCAGGAAGCGGAUGACUUGGUCGUUCACUCUUGUAUGGAGCAGAACAACAUUUCUAAAGCCACAGUUGAUAGUCUUCCUGAUCCCUCUGCUGAAGCAAAAAGACGAAUAUCGUUUUCGUUCCAGAAUCCCGUAGUUGAAUCUACGUCUGCUCCUGAUACUACAACAUCGGCAGAUUCCUCGUCCAAUGAGCUUGACUUCAUGGAGCUUCAUGGCAACAACAAGCAGGUGUCUGAUGAAUCGUCAGAAACAUCCGGCGAAGAAGAUGGUCACCAUGAAUUUCCCUUUUGUGGUUAUGAACAAGUUGGACCUCGUGUUGCAUGCUCUUGUCAGAUCAUAAGAAGUGUGAGUCAGUGGUCCGCUGGAUCUAGCCAAACUGAAGAUAGCAUACACAAGGCUUACUGCUCUCUCAUUGAAAAAGCAGAACACUUUAUCUACAUCGAGAAUCAGUUCUUCAUAUCAGGGCUUAAUGAAGAUGAAGUCAUCCAGAAUCGAGUACUUGAAGCAUUGUACAGACGGAUUCUGAGAGCACAUAAAGAAGAGAAGUGCUUUCGAGUUAUCGUUGUCAUACCUCUUUUACCAGGCUUCCAGGGAGGAAUUGACGAUGGUGGAGCAGCAACAGUUCGAGCCAUAAUGCAUUGGCAAUAUCGAACAAUCUCGUGGGAGAAAACAUCGAUACUGUACCAUCUCAAUGCUUUGCUUGGUCACAGAGCACAAGACUACAUUUCCUUUUAUGGCCUGAGGACAUAUGGAAGGCUUUCUGAUGGAGGUCCCAUUGCCACAAGUCAGGUGUACGUCCACAGCAAAGUUAUGAUAAUCGACGAUCGUGUUGCCUUCAUCGGAUCAUCCAACAUCAAUGACAGAAGUUUGCUCGGAUCUAGAGACUCUGAGAUUGGGGUGUUGAUCGAGGACAAGGAGUUUGUCGAUUCAUCCAUGGAUGGACAGCCAUGGAAGGCUGGGAAACUUGCAUACAGCUUGAGAUGCUCGCUUUGGUCUGAGCAUCUAGGGCUAAACAAGGACGAGUUGGACAAAAUCUGUGAUCCUGUAGUAGACUCGACAUAUAAGGACUUAUGGCAAGCAACUGCUGAGGAGAAUGCCAAGAUAUACCAGGAAGUAUUUGCUUGUCUCCCCAAUGAUCUCAUCCAUUCAAGGGGUUCUCUGAGGCAAAACAUGAACUACUGGCGGGAGAAGCUCGGUGGCCACACCACCAUUGAUCUAGGCAUAGCUCCACCGGAGCUAGAACGCCACAAAAAUGGUGAAACAAGGACAGUAAUGGAGAGAUUGAGAUCGGUGAGGGGGCUUCUGGUUUCGUUCCCAUUGGAAUUCAUGCGUCAGGAGGACUUGAGGCCGGUUUUCAAUGAGAGUGAGUUCUAUGCCUCAUCUCAUGUCUUCCAUUAGACGACGAGCAGCCAUGAAAGCAAAAAGAAGAUAAUAUGGAGAGGAAGAAACGUUUAGAUGGUACAGUCCUUCCAGUUUGCAACUGUACAGAAGCUGGAGGAACAAGGUAACAGUGUUAGAACUAUAGAGGCAAUAAACUACAGUAGACAUAGCUUGACAUGAUUCAUUGAAGCUUAGGACAUGUUUAUUCUUCUUCUUAUAAGAUCAUAGGUCCAUAAAUGGUUUGAUAUUUUCAGGUGUAUGCAUGAGC